AAAUCACCUAUCACACUAGCGCUCCUAACGGAAAGUUUCACUACUACGAAAGUGCAGUUGAGAAAAAACGUGGCCGAUUUCGUCAUCACUGAUUUCCAUAUAUUUUUUCCAUUAUCUUUUUCUCGUCAAACUUUUCGUAGUCAGUUUUCGUUGAAAUUUUGAGUUGUCAAUUUUUUCGUCGUCUGUUCGUUGACGAAAUUCUGUGUUCAUUUCGGAAUAAAUUUUUGUUAUUACGUGUUCGUAAAUCGUCGCAAUUUUUUCGCUUGAAAUUCUAGGUGCGAAUAAUGUCGUUCGUCGAAGUUAUGUAGGCUAUGCAAAUUGACACUCAGCUCAUCGUUCAGUUUCACUUCAGUAAGCCAUAAUGAUCUUCUCCAACAAAAAAAAUGACAAGUUUCUUUUGAAACGAUGAAUAAUAUUGCUGCAAGUGAUCGAAUGAUCUGAGAUUUCGCUGCUCUCACGAUGGCAUUUAUGAUGAAGAAGAAGCGGUAUAAAUUCGUGGUACAGUUAUGUAUCGAAGAUCUAACUGCUGUACCGUUCGUGAACGCUGUGCUGUUCGUCAAAGUGAGAUUAUUAGACGGUGGCAAUUUCAGCGAAACUUCUUCCAGGGAAGAAGUUCGAGAGCAUAUGGUCAGAUGGGAAGCGAAAUUCGAAUUUAUUUGUAAAAUGAGCGCUAACGCUUCUACCGGAGUUCUCGAGCCGUGCUUUGUGAGGAUAUCAGUCAGAAAGGAACUCAAAGGUGGCAAAUCUUUCCAAAAGUUGGGUUUCACCGAUUUAAAUUUAGCCGAAUUCGCCGGUUGCGGAGAAACAACCAGAAGAUGUCUAUUGGAAGGUUACGACUCGAAGCAUCGGCAAGAUAAUUCCAUGCUAAGGAUUAACAUCAAUAUGAAUAUGUUAUCCGGAGACGUACUAUUCAAAGUCCCUUCGCCUUCGUUGAAGCAAAAGCAUUCGUCGAGUCCGAUCGAGAAUGACGUCAUCAUUAUGCCGGAUAGAAUGAACCGCGAAGAUUUUCCGGGCGGUUCGAUCGCCAGUGGUAGUUCCGGUUUUGGCAGUUUACCAAAGAAAAGGCCGCCACUUUUUGACCGUCUGAACUCGGAUUCGUCGACGGUGGGACAAAAUUCCGACGUGAUUAUUGAAGGCUGUAAUCUAAACGAUAGUGGAGAAACGACUAAGAAAGAAGACAACGAUUCGGCUUGUCAUUCGCGUAAUUCGUCCAGCGCCAGUCACCUCAGCAAGAUGUCUCAUUCGAGGCAGAGUAGCUCCGGCGAAAGCGCCAGCGGUCAUAUAAGGUCGCCAUCGUGGCCAACACCGCGGAUUAACGAUUUAGACCUCAUAUCCUCGAUCCCGAUCCACUCGCCUCCUCUACCUCUCUCACUAACCCCCUUAUCUAGCCGUAAAUUUAACGCGGCCGCUAACCGAAUUCGUUUCUGGUCUGUUAGUUCGCCUUUGAGAUUGAAGAAGCCACCGAAAAGUCCGCUGCUGCAAGCAUCGUCAUCGUCAACGGCGAAGGCGACGGCGGCGACGCCGACGACAACAAUGACCACGACGGCGGCGUCGCCGAUCACGCUGCCUAGCGGCGCUGCUAAAGCCGUCCUACAAACGCCACCAAACGCGAGCUGUAAAAAUAGCUCGGUGGAUACGUUCCGUUUUCCACCCUGGUCGGGACCGUCCACAAGGGCUGCUUCAUCCCCUGGUCUGUUACCCGUAACGCCAGAUUCGCCGAUUCCGAGGACUACCACAACGUCGCAUUCACUGCAUCAUCGUAAGUUCGAAGGGGGUAGUAAGCUUUCGGUGGUCGUUUACAACUCCGAAGAUCAGAAUUUCUCUCACGAAACGUCCGCGUCAUCUGAAACACAUUCUUAUUCUAAUCAACAUACUCCGACUUCAACGACCACAACGUUAGUUACACUCUCCACCAGACGUACUAGUCAGAUAACACUCAGUGGUAGUUCUUGCCUGAGUGAAACUGGUUCCCUAGACCGAGGUAAAUCAGCGUUGGAGAGGAGGAAAAAAGCUGCAGAAGAAAAUGUUACCAGUGGCCGAGUUGAAAUUACCAGAGUGAAUACGGAUACGCUCAUUGAUCAGCUAUUGAAGUCGACUAAUUUAGAAGCUACAGAAGAUACCACUGGUUCAUCUGGUUUGCAGUUAUUCAUCUCAAAGGACGGUACAACAACACUAGGAGGCCAAGAUAUCAAACACCAAAUAUCAUCAGGCGUUUUCAAGAAAGUUGUCAUGGAAGAACAUAGGUAACGCCCUCAAGAUACAAAAGAAACACCUAGCGUUACAAGAAGAAAACUCGUACCAAUUUCAAAAUCGCCCCAUGAGUGGUAUUUUUUUAUAUGAUAAUAAUGACAAAAACCUAUCGAGUAAUGGUUUGUGUAAUUUAUUUUGUGUAUGUAAUUUAUUGGAACUGUAACGAGUGGUUACCGCGCGAUUGAAGAUUUUUUUUUUCUAGUUUUGAUACGACGAUGAAUUUUUAAAACAUUUUUAAUUACUUUUUUAUAUCCGUGAAAAACGAUGAAUUUUGUUGCAUAACACGUGUUAAUUUCCUUUUCAUUUUGACAAGGUAAUCGCCGUUAAUAAUUAAGAAAUCAAAUGUUUUGCAUUUUUAUCAGAAAAAUUUGCGUGUUUGUUUAUUUGUAGCUAUCUUUUUCCCCCCUUUUUUUUGUUUUUGUUUUUUCAUUAACGUUGUGGCGACGUUUUUUUGUUUUGUUUUGAAAAUAAUUUACUUCUAUACGUUGCUAAAUUUGUUGAAAAAUUUGAAUCAAGGCAUGAUAAGCAUUCCUUUUAAUGGUGCAUUUUGCGAAAAUAAUUAUUUUAUGGGCGUGCCGUGUAUAUGUUUUGCCUGUGUAUUGACUUAUGCGUUAUAUCAAAAUAGAAUUGUGAUACAAUCGUAUAUAUUGCGUAGAUGAAUUCGAAUAAUUAUUCGGUUUUGUUCGUUUAUUUAUUCGUAUGUUUUCCUUCCUUCUUUCCUUUUUCUUUUUUUUUUAAAUGUGCGGUUAUUUUUGUGCAAUUAUUUUGUUUCAUGACAAAAAUCGCCUUAUCGAUUCAACAUGCCGUGUCGUAGGCAAAAAAAAAGAAUGGUACAAAAAUACUGUCGUGUUGUUUUUCUUUUUGUUUUUUUCCCCUUUGGUUUCGAAUAAAAUUGUGUGUUUAUAGUUAUUUUUAUUUUUAACGCGCCUAGUCCUUGUUUUUUUUGUAUCCUUUGAAUUUUUUCCCGUUUUUUCCUUCUUUUCUGAUCGAGUGAAUAAGUUUGUUUUAAUAUUAUUUGUAUAUUUUAAUCGAUAUACUAUAAACGUCGCUAUGUUUAAUUUAAUUUGAUUUUGAGCUUUUUCCUUUUAUUUCUAAUUUUUUUUUUCAAAAUGAAAUUUGUAUGAAAAAAAUUGAUGAUAACUUGUGAUAUUAAAUUUAAUUUUGUUUUCA